CCUGGGAUGGCGCGCCAGGUGUCCAUCACCUUCAAGGACUUGGCUGUGCGGUUCUCAGAGGAAGAGUGGCGGCUUCUGGAGGAGGGGCAGAGGGAGUUCUACCGAGACGUGAUGCGGGAGAACUAUGAGACGUUGGUCUCCGUGGAGCCUGCAGGAGCCUCAGGGCUAGGGGGCUGCACUGCUGAGGGUCUGGAGCCUGCAGGUGGGGGUGGCCCCCAAGGAGGACAGCCCCAGCACAGCCUGCACCUCACUGCCCUGGUGCAGCUGGUGAAGGAGAUUCCAGAGUUCCUGUUUGGGGAAGUCAGGGGAGCUGCAAACAGCCCUGAGAGUGGGGGAGCCAGCCUGGAUGGAGAGAGAGCGAGCCCUGAGGCACCCGCAGCGGUGGAGCCUUGCCCUCUCCGAGGUCUGCUCAGCUGCCUUCCAGACGUCUCCGUCAGCCAACCCAGCCUGGCCUCCACACCCACCAGCAGCUCAUGCUCCAGCAGCCCACCCACAGAAGGGGAAGAGGGAAGCCCUCUCCCCAUCACAGCAACUGUGGACAAACCGUGGCCUACAGGGAAGGCAGGCCCCAGAGCCCCAGGUAGGGAGCCCAGCCCACCUGUCUGGAGCCCUGGUAGGAGGAAAAGCCCCAGAGGACAAGAGAGAGGGACCUCGGGAGCAGGGCUCUCUCCCGGGAACAGCCCUUUGCAAGGCCUCAUCAACUGUCUGAAAGAAAUUCUCGUGCCUGGACCCCAGCACCCCGGGGCACCCCUGAACUCGCUGCCUCCUCUUCCUGGCCUGGGCACAUCAAAGCUGACCAGCAUGGACCUGGGACCUGGGAGACCACCUCAGGAAGUGAAGACAGAGGUGGCUUCAGGGGAUUGUCCUCUCCAGGGUCUGCUGAACUGUCUGAAGGAGAUUCCAGAAGCCCGGGAUAGGCACCCUAGCACUCCAGCUGUAGAGGAUCAAUGGCCGCAGGAGGAUCUAGGGGCCUGGAAAAGGGAUUCUGGAGGGUCAGGACACCUCCUACGCCCUGCUGCCUGCCCUGGUCUGGGAGCCAGUGGGCUGCUCUCUGUGAAAGUGGAGGGCAGCUGGGCCCAGAGCCCUCCGGUGCCCGCAUUCUGUCGGCCCAGCAGACAGACCCUCAGCCCCUCUGCUACUGGAGACACCAGAAGGGUCCCAGGGCCCAGCUGGCACCCUCAGGCUCAAGCUGCCAGUGCCUCAAGCUCACCACUGGAAGCCCUGGAGGCCUGUCUGAAGGGCAUCCCCCUGAGUGGGUCGUUACCUCCCCAGCCACUGGCUACCUCUUGGUCCCAGAGUCCCCAGCCAGGAGACCCUCGAUCCCAGCGACCUGAGCUGCAGCCCUACGGAUCACACAGUGGAGGGGCAGCCAGGGAACCUCCUCUGCCUCUGGGCUGUGUGAGAGGGGGCUCAGCACGACACCCAGGCACCCGACACACACCCUCCAGCUUCUCCUCCUCCAGCAGCACCGAUGGGGACCUAGAUUUUGGGAGCCCUGUGGGAAGCCAAGUGCAACGGCCUGGAAAAGGAAGCCCAGCAGGAAGCUCCCCGCUCCAGGGUCUAGAGAACUGUCUCAAAGAGAUUCCUGUGCCCAGGCUGCAACCUGCCUGGUCCUGCUCCUCAGCAGCAGAUGGGGGGUCGAGGAGAGCAGAGCCUGGGAGUUGGACAGCAGACAAGGAAGCAGGACUACGGGGUGAGGCCCACGAGCCAGCUCGUCUCGGGCAAAGUCGGGGAGAAGUGCAUACCAGGACCCCUCGUCUGGCCAAUCCAGAGGCGUUUGCCUCCAGCUGUGUCCCCACCUGCCACCAGCGGGGGCUAAGAAACCUUGGGGCCACCAGGCCAGAAGCAUGGAGGUGGCUCCAAGAUGGGCCAGCCACUAAGCCCUCCCCACUGCACUGCCUAGAGAGCUCCCUGAGAGGGAUCUUGCCCACAAGGCCCUUGCACUUUGCCUGCUUGGCUGGCCCCGACCCCAGCCCCAGCCCUGGCUCCAGCUCAAGCUUCAGCAGCUCUGAAGGAGAAGACCUGAGGCCUGAGCCCACACUCUGGCAGCCACACCUCCAAGAGAGGGACUGCCUUCCCAGCUCCAAGUGUCCUGUCCCUCAGUCCUCGUGCCCUGGCGGAUCUUCCACUAGCAGCAGCAGCAGGAGCCCUGGUGAAGACUCCAGAAGAACAGAGCCUGGGGGGUGCAGCAUUCUCAAUGCAGGGGCGGCUAGAGAGCUCUGCCCUGCCCCUCAGCUGGAGAGGAGGCCUGAGCCCAGGGUUGGUGAAGCAUCCAAGGGCCUAGAGCCUGGACAAGGAAGACCCAGAGUUGCAGCCAGGACCCAUGGUGAGCUGCCCCCCACGGGUCUGCUGGAGCUGCCCAGUGAGUCUCCACCAUUGCAGCUGCUCCCUCCAGCCACUGCAUCUCCUGCUUUGCCAUCUGCCUCCCCACGGCUGCCGUGCCCCUGCGGGAGGCCACUACAACAAGAGCUGCACAGCCUGGGUGCUGCCCUUGCAGAGAAGCUGGACCAGCUUGCUGGGGCCCUGGCAGGCUUAGCUCAGGAAGUAGCCACCAUGAGGACCCAGGUGAACCGUCUGGGGAGGCGUCCACAAGGCCCUGGGCUAAAGAGCCAAGCUUCUUGGCCAUGGACCCUGCCCCGGGGCCCUCGCUGGGCUAACAGCCCUGGUCACAGACACCUGCCCUACUGGAGACUGAAAGGCCCUGCCAGGCCUAAACCAAAGAUCUUGCGGGGGCAGGUGGAAGCCUGCAGGGCUGGUAGCUCCCGGGGGCUCUCCAGAGGAAGAGUCCGCCUGGUACCUCAGAUACCUCCAGACACCACCCCAGCAGAACUUUCUGGACCCAACUGCAGCCCUUCCCAUCUUUCAGCACGCAGCUGCCACACUAUGCCGACUGGGUACCCUCCACUUGCACAUGCCAUGGGCUGCCAGAGCCCCCUCCCCCCUUUAGUGCCCGCUGCCUUAUCUGCCCUGACGGGCUUUCCUGCAGCCGGCACAGGUAUAGAGCCACCAGCUGCAGCAGUGGCACCAGCCGGGAUCCUGAACCAGCCCAAGGAGCCAAACAGCCUGUUGGGAGGAGUCCAGAGAACCCCCCAGGAAGACCUCUGGGGUGGUGAACACAGGGACCCACAGUGGGGGGCUCAUUAACUGCAGUCCUCAUCUGCUCAGCCUUGGUGUAGGAGAGCCCCAGGCCCCAUCACCUUACCCUGGCCGCCCUCUCCUAGGGAUGCUGUCUCUCUCUCCAUCUGCUUACUGGCCCUUUCUACUGCUCCGUCCUUUGCUCUGCACCAGGUCCUCGGGUCUGUUUGCUCCUCAGCCACACUCUGGGUCUGGCUUAGGUUGCAUCAAACCUUGAUCCCCUCCCCUCCUGCACUAGAGCUGCCUGAGCCCACAGUGCAUGAUCUGUGCACCUGUGUGAGUUCUGCACGUGCACUGGGCACUCUAUGCAGAGGCAUAGUGGCCUUGGGCGCUCUUUUCCCAACCAUCUCCUAUUCCUAACUAGGGCACUUCCAGAGACUGGGCCCCUGCCCUGGAGUAAAUACUGGCAGGUUUCAUUUGGGGAGCACUCUACUUCCAGUCUAAGGUAGAUUUGCCCAUGUGGAUUCUAAAAUUAAAGAAGUGAGUUGCUAAGGAAAGGCCCCUUGGGUCCUCUUGAGAAGCAUGUGGUGGGGGCCCACUUGGGUGUGGUCAGUCAGGUCAUGCUACCAGCAGCAUAGCCAGGUCAGCCUGUGCUACCUUCCCACCCAGACAUCCUCCAGAAAAUCCAACAAUGUGCCUGUAAGAUUAGGGAGAGAGGCUGAGCUCAGUGGCUCAUGCCUGUAAUCCUAGUACUC